ACAAAUAUCAAACUAACUUCUAUGUGUAAUUUGAAAUGUUUAUUUAAGAGCAAACAAAGUGCUAUCUCUUCCAAACAUAACCUAUAACGAGACUCUACAGCAAAAAUGUUUUCUAUUUGCCGACAAACGCAUCCUGCCACGGGGAUAGAACAUGCCGUCAGCUGUUGUUUCUUCAACAAUGAUGAGACCUGUUUGGUUACGGCGGGCGCUAACAUUAUCAAAGUCUUCAGGUUGCUACCAGAAGGACCUAGCAGGGAGGUUAACGCCGCUGGCCAGCCAAUACCCCCAAAAAUGAAGCUAGAAUGUCUUGCAACGUACACACUGUGGGGAAAUGUGAUGUCUUUGGCCUCAGUAAAAAACCCCAGCUCUGGACGGGAUUUACUGCUUGUAUCUUUCAGGGAGGCUAAGCUAUCGGUUUUGCAGUAUGAUCCUCAGACUAAUAACUUGAUUACCCUGAGCAUGCACUAUUUUGAGGAAGAAGAUAUGAAGAAUGGUUGGACAACUCACCCACAUAUCCCCUGGAUCCGAGUAGAUCCAGAGGGCAGAUGCGCUGUCAUGCUACUGUAUGGCAAAAAGCUGGCAGUACUGCCAUUUCGGAAGGAUGUCACUUCGGAGGAAGGUGACCCUUUGGAAGCCAAGCCACUUGCUGACUUGAAGAAGAAUGCACCAACAACCCCUGUAGUCCGGGCACCAACACUGGCGUCUUACGUAAUAGUCCUAAAAGACCUGGACGAGAAGAUUGACAACAUACUGGACAUACAGUUCUUGCAUGGUUACUAUGAACCUACACUACUGUUGUUGUAUGAACCUGUGAGGACUUUUGCUGGUCGUACAGCAGUCCGCAACGACACCUGCGCCAUGGCGGGGGUGAGUUUGAACAUGAGCGCGCGCGUGCACCCCGUGAUUUGGGCGACGUCCGGGUUGCCCUUUGACUGUCUGCGCGCCGUGCCCAUUCAGCGCCCACUGGGUGGUUGUUUGAUAAUGGCUGUGAACUCCCUGAUCUACCUCAACCAAUCAGUGCCGCCGUACGGCGUGUCUCUUAACAGUGUUGCCACGCACACAACUAACUUUCCUCUCAGAAUUCAAGAAGGCGUGUGUAUCACGCUAGACGGGGCCUGCGUGGCCCCGCUAGGCGAGGGCCGGUUGGCGCUGUCGCUGAAGGGUGGUCAACUGUACGUGCUGACACUGCUGGCGGACUCGGUGCGCAGCGUGCGUAGCGCGCAUCUCGACCGUGCAGCGGCCUCCGUGCUUACUACGACUAUGUGUGUAAUAGAGGAAGACUUCCUGUUUCUCGGCUCACGGCUCGGUAAUUCGCUGUUACUGAGAGUGACAGAGAGAGAGAAUCGAAUGUUGUUCUCUGUGGACAAACCCUUGGAAGCCACCGUCGAUUUGACUAUUGAGAAUGAGCAAGAAUAUGAAAAUCAAACCCAACAAAAAGAUAAAGACAAUGAUCCCGCGGCGAAAAAACGUCGCCUGGACAGUCUGUCUGACUGCAUUGCCACUAAUGUCAUCGAGAUUAGCGACAAAGACGAGUUGGAAGUGUACGGUAGCGACAUUAGGACGUCUACUCAGCUGACCAGCUAUGUGUUUGAGGUAUGCGACUCACUCCUCAACAUCUGUCCGAUCGGCGAUGUGUCCAUGGGCGAGCCGCAGCUACUCUCCGAGGAGUACAGUCGGACGGCGGAGAUGCCCGCGGUGGAGCUGGUGGCCUGCAGCGGCCGCGGCAAGAACGGCGCGCUGACUGUACUGCAGCGCAGCGUGCGGCCGCAGCUCAUCACCGCUUUUAAUUUACCGGGCUGCAUAGACAUGUGGACGGUGAUGGGGGAACCGGCGGAGAUGAGCCGCGACGCGCACCGGGACAUGGAGGGCUCGCACGCGUACAUGAUACUCACGCAGGAGGACUCCAGCAUGAUCCUACAAACCGGACAGGAGAUCAACGAGGUGGACAACAGCGGGUUCAUGACGGGCGCGCCGACCGUGUUCGCCGGCAACCUCGGCAACAACAAGUUCAUGGUGCAGGUCACCACCACGGCCAUCCGGCUCAUCAAGAAUGGUGUUCAACUGCAGUCGUUCCAGUUGGAGUGGACGGCGCAGUACGCGGCCACGGCGGACCCCUACGUGUGCGUCGUGUCAACCUGCGGCCGCGCGCUCGUGCUCGCGCUCCGCGAGUUCCGCACCAACCAGGCCAUGUCCGCCCGCCUGGCGCCGACCAGACAGCCAGUGCCACACAGACCAGCGCUCGUCAAAGCGGUCCCAUACAGGGAUCUCAGCGGGCUGUUUACGUCCGCGGACUUGGAUAGCGUUCAGGUGAAAGGCGAGUUCACGGGCAAGAUGAAAGGCAAGAAGAACGUGAAGGCCGAGGGCUUCCAGCCGGGCGCGGUGUACGAGCUGAACGACGAGGACGAGCUGCUGUACGGCGGCGACCAGACGCCCGCCUCCAUGGCUAGCAUAAUGUUGGCGGAGCAGUCAAAGAACCCGGGCGUGCCGCGGCGCGUGUCGCGCUGGUGGAAGCGCCACCUGGCGGAGCUGAAGCCCACCUACUGGCUGUUCGUGGUGCGCAACAACGGCAACCUCGAGAUAUACUCGCUGCCCGAGAUGCGGCUCAGCUUCCUGGUGCGCGACGUGUGCGCCGGCGAGAGGAUAUUAGCCGACAGCCUCGAGUCCGUCCCGCAGCCGUCCCAAGCCGAGGACGACGAGAUGACCGUCCCUCAGAACACGGAAGUGGACAAGCUGAAGGAGAUGCUCGUGGUCGGCGUCGGGCACAAGGGCUCGCGCGUGCUGCUGCUCAUGCGGUGCGACGGAGACACGCUCAUGAUAUACCAGGCUUACAAAUACCCUCGCGGCAACCUAAAGCUACGUUUCUCGCGGAUCAACGUGUCGUUCCCGUUCGGUUACCAGAGCGCCACGGUCACAUCCAGCGAAGACAGCUAUGAGGCGUCUAUCCUACGCGACAAUGUCCGGCAGAUGAGGUAUUUCGGCAACGUGGGUGGCUACAACGGCGUGUUCCUGUGCGGGCGCACGCCGCACCUGCUCGUGCUGACGGCGCGCGGCGAGUUGCGCGUGCACCCGCUGUGCCCCGAGGAGGCGCCUGUGUCGACGUUCGCACCCUUCAACAACACCAACUGCCCGCAGGGCCUGCUCUACUUCAAUGCUAAGUCCGAGCUCCGGAUCUGCGCGUUGCCGACUCACUUGUCAUACGACGCGCCGUGGCCGGUGCGAAAGGUCCCGAUCAGAAUGUCGCCGCAUUUCGUCACCUACCACAUGGAGUCCAAGACCUACUGUCUGGUGGCCAGCACGGCUCAGUCCACGCAGACGUAUUACAAGUUCAAUGGCGAGGAUAAGGAGCAAUCUCAGGAGAAUAAGGGAGACAGGUUCCCGUAUCCGAUGUUAGAGCGUUUCAGCGUGUGUCUGUUCUCGCCUGUGUCGUGGGAGAUCAUCCCCAACACCAACAUCGAGCUAGACGAGUGGGAGCAUGUUACUUGCCUUAAAAAUGUGGCGCUGUCUUACGAAGGAACCAGGUCGGGCUUGCGCGGGUACAUAGCAAUAGGAACAAAUUACAACUACAGUGAAGAUAUUACGUCACGAGGAAGGAUAAUAAUCUACGAUAUUAUCGACGUGGUGCCCGAGCCGGGGCAGCCCCUGACCAAGAAUCGUUUCAAGGAGCUGUACGCCAAAGAACAGAAGGGCCCUGUGACAGCCCUCACACAAGUGCUGGGCUACCUCAUAUCUGCCGUUGGACAAAAGAUCUACAUCUGGCAACUAAAGGACAACGACCUAGUGGGCGUGGCGUUCAUCGACACGCAGAUAUACGUACACCGCAUGUUGGCCGUGAAGAACCUGGUGCUGGUGGCAGAUGUGUACAAGUCCGUGUCGCUGCUGCGGUACCAGGCCCAGCAUCGCACGCUCAGCUUAGUUUCCAGAGAUCUCAGGACUGCUCAGAUUUAUGAGAUGGAGUUUAUGGUGGACAACACUAACCUGGGUUUCCUCGUGUCCGAGGCGGAAGGCAACUUCGUCAUCUUCAUGUACCAGCCGCAAGCGCGCGAGAGCUACGGAGGUCAGCGGCUGAUCAGGAAAUGCGACUACCACCUCGGGCAGCAGGUGCACGCCAUGUUCCGGAUCAACGCGCGCUCCAUCCCCAACAGCGUGCACCGGCGACACGUCACCAUGUACACCACACUAGAUGGCGGCGUCGGAUAUGUGCUGCCGUUGUCGGAGAAAAUGUACAGACGGCUUCUCAUGUUGCAAAACGUUAUGAACAACUACUGCUGCCAUCUGGCGGGGCUCAACCCGCGCGCUUUCAGGACGUACAAGUCAGCGCGCAAGCCGGCGGGCGGCGGCGCGGCGCGCGGCGUGCUGGACGGGGACCUGGUGGCGCUCUACACCGGCCUGCCGCAGGCCGACAAGCACGACAUUGCGAAGAAAAUCGGCACCAAAGUUGAAGAGAUAAUGUCCGACCUCUUCGAGAUUGACAGACUGACGGCUCACUUCUAACUACUACUGUACAUAGCUUUAGCAAUAAACUAAUA